AUGAUUCGCCGCACAGUGGAAGAUAACAACUCAACGGGUUCGGAGUCAGACUAUUCAAAGUACGGUGCACGGAUUUCCGGGUGGAUUUCGUGGUUCCUAUCGUCAAAGGGGAACGAAUACUUCUGCGAGGUUGAGGACGACUAUAUUCUCGACCGCUUCAAUCUUACCGGCCUAAACACGGAGGUUCAGCAUUACUCCCAAGCGUUGGAUCUAAUCACAGACAAUCUUGAUGACGAGAUCCUGGACGAACAUCGGGGUGCACUAGAUGUGCAGGCGAGGCUCCUCUACGGUCUCAUUCACGCGCGCUGGAUUGUCACUGCUCGCGGUCUAGCUAAGAUGCUUGAGAAGUACAAGAGGGCCGACUUCGGCCGCUGCCCACGCGUUCUGUGUCAAUCGCAGCCUCUCCUCCCUGUCGGCUUAACGGAUAUUCCGUAUGAAAAGUCUGUCAAGCUCUAUUGCGGACGCUGUGAAGACAUCUAUUCUCCAAAGUCGUCCCGGCAUGGCUCGAUUGAUGGCGCGUAUUUCGGCACAUCAUUCCCCCACCUUCUGUUCCUUGUCUACCCUACCCUUAUCCCCCCCAAAAGUGGUCCGAUUGAUUUUGUGCCUUUGCGGACAAGCGGCGAUGCGGAGAGUAGCAGGAGAAAUAGGAGAAAUAGAGAGGAGCAAGAAACUCCUAGGGAAAUUGUCCAGGAGGGGCUCAGCACGGUGGCUGUAGCACUGAAGGCAGAGCGGUACCGUCCGCGGAUUUUUGGCUUCCAGGUCAACGAGAUUGCGAAGCUGCAGAGAUGGCAGGAGGCUGUCCGGGACAGGCAAGUUGCGCGUUUGGAAAUGUUGGACGAACAUGGUCUACUGUAG